CUCGUUUAUUUCGUAUUCCCUUUCGUAGAACUUUUACUACUUCUUUAUUCAACAUGGCUCCUCAACAUCGUCAAGUUGCCGUUAUCGGCUCCGGACCUGCUGGUCACACUGCUGCUAUUUAUCUUGCCCGUGCCAAUUUAAACCCCAUCAUGUUCGAAGGUAUGAUGGCCAACGGUUUCGCUCCCGGUGGACAAUUGACCACUACCACUGAUGUUGAAAAUUUCCCCGGUUUCCCCAAGGGUGUGAUGGGUGGUGAAUUAAUGGAUUUAAUGCGUGCUCAAUCCGAAAACUGUGGUACAGUCAUCGAGACUGAAACCAUUACUAAGCUCGAUACUUCCAGCCGUCCCUUCAAGAUCUGGCGUGAAGGUUCUGAGGAUCAAGAAGAGCCCACCGAUACUGCCGAUGCUGUUGUCAUCGCUACCGGUGCCUCUGCUAGACGUAUGUAUUUGCCCGGUGAAGAUAAGUACUGGCAAAAUGGUAUCUCCGCUUGUGCCGUCUGUGAUGGUGCUGUCCCCAUCUUCAGAAACAAGCCUUUGGUUGUUAUUGGUGGUGGUGAUUCUGCUGCUGAAGAAGCUAUCUAUCUCACAAAGUAUGGUUCCAUGGUUCAUGUUCUCGUUCGUCGUGAUCAACUCCGUGCUUCCAAGGUUAUGGCCAAGCGUCUCUUGAGUCAUCCCAAGGUCACUGUUCACUUCAACACUUCCCCCACAGAAGCCUUUGGUGAUGGAAACCUUUUAACUGCCGUCGGUACACACAACAACAUCACCAAGGAAGAUGGUAAGAUUGAUGCUAGUGGUUUAUUCUAUGCUAUUGGUCACGAUCCCGCAAAUGCUCUUGUCAAGGGUCAAGUUGAGCUCGAUGUUGAUGGAUAUAUUAAGACUGUUCCUGGUACCUCUGAGACAAACGUUGUUGGUCUCUUUGCUGCUGGUGAUGUCCAAGAUAAGCGUUAUCGUCAAGCCGUUACUUCUGCCGGUUCCGGCUGUAUGGCUGCCCUUGAUGCUGAACGUUAUUUGAGUGAACUCGAAUCCGAAGCUGCUGAAAAGUUAUGAAUUUUACCUAGACUUUAAAAAAAAAAAAUAGAUCAAAGUCUAUUAUGUUAUUUAUCCCCCCAACUCUCUCUUAUAUUUUUUUUUUAAUAAUACAUCUAUAUUUUGAAAAAGUAAGGGACGUUCUAUCAAAUAUUUUAUAUCGUCCAAUGGUAUUUUGUGCGAGUUCAAUUGGUUCGUGUUACA